CUACAGGUGGCGCAACAAUUCAGUGCGCCACGAACUGCCACUUCAGCUUCCGCCCGCGUGCUACGAACUGCAGCUGCUGCAGCCGUCUCUCCGUCUGCUACGCCGGCAUAUUGCAUGAAAGUGCGUGUGCGCGAUGGCGACAGGUGUGAUAAAAGGGACGGGUUUCGAGAAAGUUAACAGUGCAAUAUUUGUUAGGGCCUCAAGCGAUGAGCGAGGACAAAUUAUACGGAAGCAAUCAUGUUUUCGACGUGACUGAAGAAAGCGCGGACGUACGGCUGUGUGUUUUGAACGGGCAAUGCGCGCAGCAGGCCAAUGUAAACCUGGAGGCAUACGCCGUCACAAUCGAGAGUCAUCUGUGCCUGCCGAACGGAUUCAACGCGCAUCUGGCUGUGUAGCAGCUGAAACGUCUGCAUUUCGGCACGGCACCGCUGCACUACUGGACUACAGCAAGGGCCCAAACGAACGUCUCAUGAUUCUGAAGAGAAGGCGUCGGGUGGCGAUCGUGGCACUGCUCGCGCUAUCUUCCUUCCCACUGCUGAGCUAUAACUACCUUCCCAUCAGCCACGACUACAUUUUCUCCUAUUUCUGGACUUCCGACUUCAUCAGCAUUUCUGGUGGACUGGAUCUAAACCGAAGUUGGACGCCUUUCUACGAGCGAACAGACAUCUUCGGCCGUCCAGAUAAGCCCCGGAUCCUCUUCUGGACGCCCGUGUACGGCGAAUGGUACUCGGGCCUGAGCAAGAGCGGCACAGCGCAGCUGCGCUAUUGGCAGCCUUUCGGUGGCUGCGCCGACCGCUGCUACAUCGCCAACGACCGCCGCACCCUGUCCGUCAGCGACGCCGUCGUCUUCUAUGCCUGCGACCUGAACGCCUCCGACCUGCCGACUUACCGAGCCGAGGGUCAAAAGUGGGUGCUCUGGUCUCUCGAGGCACCCACGACAUGCAACCUGUCACCUCUGGUGUCGGUAAAAGACGCCAUCAACUGGACCAUGACGUACAGGCGCGACUCGGACAUCCUGGACGCGUACGCCAAGGUGACACAGCGUGUCAAACCAACUUUCUACUCUGUGGAGCGCCUGAAGCGAACCUGGCGCAACAAGAAAACCAUGGCGGUCUGGGCUGUGAGCCACUGCAAGACUUUCGGCAGACGUGAGAAUUUCGUAGACGAUCUGCGCCAACACUUGUCGGUGGACGUAUAUGGCAAAUGCGGCAAUCUAUCGUGCUCGCGUGAUGUGCGCUUUGCCUGUUACCAAAUGUUUGCGCGCGAAUACUUCUUUCUUUUGUCUUUCGAGAACACUGUCUGCAGGGACUACGUCACGGAGAAGCUCUAUCUGGCCCUGCUUUACGACAUCAUUCCGGUGACGUUUGGUGGCGCUGACUACCAGGCCAUGGCACCUCCGGGCUCUUACAUUGACGCGCUUCAAUUCAAGACCCCUAAAGAUCUCGCUGACUACCUCAAAAAAGUUGCAGAAGACUUUGACUUGUACAAAAAGUUCUUUGAAUGGAAAGGACGGUAUAACGUGGAGCCGUGGGUGUAUUACACGUUUUGCGAGCUGUGCAGGAAGCUCUAUAGUUCCAGCUUUCGUCAAAGAUCUGUGUAUCCGAAUGUAAUCCGAUGGUGGAAUGACAGUUCUCAUUGCCGUGCGUGGAAUCCACAAACCAAACGACUUUAUCAAUAGUCACAUUCAUUGAAAGGAUGUGUUCACUUAUUAUUUAUGAGCACAUCACGAAGCCGCGUAAAUGUCAACCUGAAAUACAUUGCUUACUUUUUUUAGACAUCAUUUCACGCAUCAUAAGCUCCAUGUCAAAGAUGUACGUCGCUUUUAAGCGCGGAGUAUUUUAUAGAAAUUUACUACUUCUGCAACACAUAGCAGUUUUUCGUACCUAAAUAAUGCAGAUGAUUCUCAUUUGAAUUCCGUGAUUUCUAGUUUUUUAUGUGUGUGUCUGUGUGAUUGUUCGUGUCUUUGUCACCUUUUAACUGUUAUGCACCUUUACCACGUGUCUUCCUUUUGUUUAAGCUUUCUGACAAAGGAAAACAUACAAAGAGCAAGAUAAUUUUUAUUCUUCAAUCGCCGUGUCUUCUGAAGUUUUCUGACAAUAUAUCCUCAUAUAGUGUGUUUUGACAUUUUAUACAUAGUUGACAGGCAUGUGCGUUGCUCUGACGCGGUUGCAUAUUGUGUUGAAGAAAUUUUAUUGCAUAUAUACACCAUUCCUGUUUAACAGAAUAUUUCGGCUUCUCCAAUGCGUACGUUUGUGCUGUUUGUGUGUGCGUGUGCGUGCGUGUGUUGUCGCUUACUUGGGUCGCAUAGCAGCUAGCAGCAUUCGUGUAAACCGCAAAUUCAGCAAUAUUUCUCGUGUUUGGUGAAGCACCCAACGCACUUGACGGCCACCUUCUGGCCUCGCGAACACAACUGUAUGUGCGAAGGAUACACAUUAGGGUAAUCAUUUUACUGAUAGAUAACGGUGCCAUGUUAGCGCACUCUAUAGCAGGGGCGUAGCCGGGGGCAGGGGGGCGUAUGGGGCUUCAACCCCCCUCCCCCCGAAAUUUUUUCGUGCUGUUCUGCACCACCAACCGAGACAACCCCUGUCGCCGGAAAUCAUUCCUGAUUUUGUGUAGAAUGUCUUUUUUAUGCUCGAAAAGACAUUUCGGCGCGAUCAUUGCGAACUCUGGCUCGAUUUCGUGGCAACGCCCAUGCACCGGUAGUCACAUAAAGCAAGGAGCCCCAUCCAAGCACAACGUUUCAAAGGCAUUACGAUGGCGAGCGGGCUCGUCUCGGCAUCACGGCGAGGCCGCAGAAUCUACGGAGCGCAUGGGUUAUUUUUCCGAAAUUUUAUGGGCAUAAAGUUCUUAUAAACUUUUGAUGUGAAAUGUGCAUCGACAUUUCCAAAGUCGUGCUUUAGAUUUUCAAUUCCGGAACUUUUUUUGGUUUAAUGUUAUAAAUAUUUGACGCCGGAGGUGCAUUAACUUUUCCAAAGUCGUACAUCGGACCAUAUAACGAGACACGCCAAAUCAACACACUGUCAGACAAGUUGACAAAGCACGCAGCGAGGUCCAAUGAGACGAAGCGUUGUGACGUUUCAUUUGUGCCGUCAUGUCAUAGAAAUGAAUAUCAACAUUUUUUUUUCACCUGCACCAAAGCAUCCAUGUCAAGACACUAAAGUCACCAAAGGUAACUAUACAUUCUUUUCUUUCUACUUUGACUUUUAUUCGCGAAGACACAUUGAGCCUCUUCAAUUUUCUUGUUCUCGCUACUCGCGGGCUACCGGAACGAUCAGCCAGAGCGCAUGCGCUUUACUCGUGUUGCCCCGACCACCACGCGGCACACUUCGGUGCGCGUCCGUUUUUCUGUGACAGAGUGGAUUUUCGCCUGGCAAAGUUUUGGACGCGUUCUGGCUAGCAGACGAGAAAAAGAAACAAUGCAUUGUCGCUCGCCGCCUACAUUGCGGGGGCUCGACGGAUUGCAACGCCUUCGCUUGAGGGCAACCUCUCCGGAAAGUCUUGUCUCGCUGGUGUAGGAUACCGAGCAGUAUGCGCAUGGUUCUCUGUGGACCAAGCGUCUCACGUUUUCUUUAUUCCUUCAGUAGGUGCCCAAAGUAGGCAUUUGGUUAUGCGCAACAGGCUUUCCUUCGCGUUUUCUUUUUCAUUUCUGUACCCCCACCUCACAAAGGAAAAAAAAAAGAUAGUUGCAGCGCAGCGAAUUGUCGUCGUAUGGUGAGAGUUCGGUUUUGUUACUUCUUCUUUUGCGGAAAGUAAUGGGCCAUGCAACGCUUCAGUUGCCGGAUACUCUUAUUAUAUUAUUGUCAUAGCAAUCAUGUGGACACUGCCGGCGAAUUCCUGCCGUCGCCGUCUCCCUUAUGUUCUGUAUAAAGUCCAAGGGUGAUAACAUCGUGACGGCGCGCCGCAUGCUGUAUGCGUGUGAAAGCGGAAGGGGGGGGGGGGGGGUCUGGAAUUCUUUCAUUCAUUCACAAAAGUUUAUUACAGUCCUGAAGCCCGGUCUUUUCAGACCGAGGCGGGCCGCGUCCACGUCGGCAGCGCCAGGCCGAGCCUUAUGGCGUCAUCGUGGACCCUCUGGACAGCGCGUAGUUAAUCUUGAUAUGAAGAGCUUGAUAUCAUCUUGUGCCAGUAAAGCCGUUUUUCUUCGGGGUCGGCGAGAGUCGCGGGACAGCCCGCCAGCAUGUGUCUGAUGUCAAUGAUGCCAUCGCACACGUUACAUUCUUUCCUAAUUUCUCUUUCGGGGUGAGUUUUAUUUAUGAAAUAUGAAGUGGGGUACGUUCCGGUUUGCAGUAAACGUAGCGUGACUGCCUGAGCCCUGUUCAAUUUUACGUGUGGCAGUGGGAAUUUCCUGCGCCCCAAGUAGUAUUAUUCAGUGAUGUCGUUGUAAGUUAGUAAUUGAUCUUUAUGCUCCCCGGAAUGGUAGUGGGCGUCGGUUCGGUUCUGACCGGCACGGCAAGCAAGUCCUCAUGCCAGGUCGUUCGUCACCUCGUUGAGGUUGGGCCAAGUCUCGUCCACUUGUCCCAUAUGUGCAGGAAACCAUCGGAUUUCAGUUUUGAUAGUUUCGACCUUGUCGAUAAUUUUAGCCGCAGUCCCAGCAACAUAGCCUUUGUCAAAGCUCUUAAUUGCUGCUUUGGAAUCGCUAUAGAUGAAAGACCAUUUAUGGUUCCUGAUGGCUAGGGCAAUCGCGGCUUGCUGCGACACCGUGGAAUCCUUAGUGAAGAUAGUGACGGCGUCCUGUACCUCGCCGCGGCUAUCGACCACCACGGCCGUGUAGGCCGCUUUGCCUUUGACCCAGGCAGCGUCUACAAGGGCCGCCUGUUGUCCUAGCUGUUCAAUUUCUUUCAACAAAUCUUCAGUUCAACGGCAUGCGCAUAGCGCACAGCCAUAUCUUAUUCACAAAAGUGACACGCAAGUGUGAGGAUAUAUGUUUUUUAAUACUCUCAUACACUGUGUUGCACAUGGUUACGUGAUAUAAUGUACACUCAAAAAGUUGAACAGCGUGUUGUCGUGAAGUUCUCGACAGCUGAAGGUGCUUCCCAAAAAGAAAUUAGUAGCCGCAUGACUGCCUUUUACGUUGAACAUUG